UCCGUCGCGGUGAGGUGUCGGUGGAGAGACCGGAGAGGAGAGGACGGAGGAUCCGCGGGUCACCGACGCAGCUGGAGAUUUUCAGCUCUCCAGAAAUACCGAAAGGCGGCCAAGUUUAGUUCAGAAUGCGUCCUUAAAUCCACCGGACUUAAAAACCCCCGAACAACCGAACCUUCUGAAAUAAAGCUCCGCUGUUUUUCUAUUCCUGGAGAGCCUCGUUGUGUCCAAACAUGAUCGGGAGAGGACUGUUCAUUCUGACAGCACUGUCCACCUGCGUUCUUUCAUUGCCAGUGACUUCAAGUCAGCUGGAGAAUGAGGACGUGAAGGUGAUGAAAUGUGUUGUGGAGGCGUUGGCAGAUGUGCUAUCGAGGCCCCACCCCAUACCUGUCAGUCAGGAGUGUCUGGUCAUUCUGAAGACAGAUGACAGGCUUGUUACAAUCCUUCGCCAUCAUAACUUCCUGAAGGAGCUGCAGGAGAUCGCUGUUCAAGGUGACCAAGAAAGAGCUCAGCCGCAGACCGACGCUGCUUCACCUCUUGACCCCCCGACACCAACUCCUCAGGCUACAGACGCUUCGGAUCGAUCCAUGCUGGAGGCUUUAGGAGGCCCCGGUGAAAGAUCCAUCCUCUCACAGAAGAAGAGGACAGGAAAUAGGGACGGAGACAAAGGUGAGAGCCCGAGAGAUGGAGGGUCUCUGGAGGAGGGUGACAUCAUCGAUGAAGUGCAAGUGAAGAGGGAGGAUGACGAGAGCCCAGGAAGUCAGAUCUCUGAGGCUGCGGAUGAUCGGAGCGAGGGCAAGGCUGAAAAGAGGGAAGAAGAGGAAGUGGAGGAGGGAAGUGAAGAGAAGAGAGGAAAUUCAGAGGAGGAAAAUAUGACCAUGGAUGAGAAAGGUGCUGCGUCCGCUGAGAAGAGAGACAGACACAAAUCAAAAGAGCAGACGUUAGAUGAGAAGGACAAAGAGGAGAAAGACAAGAGAUCUUCACAUUUAGCCCACAAACACAAGGAGGAGCAGGAGGAGGAUGUGAAGAGAGGGAGCAGGGAGAACCUGAAGCGAUGGAGCAAGAGGGGCAAGGGCUUGCAGCUGAAGAAGAAGGCCCACGAAGAGGAGGCAGAGGAGGGAGACAGUCAGCAGGAGGUGCCGCAUCAUUCCAAGGAGGUGCCCGAGGAUGAGGAGGGGGAGAAGAAGAAGAAGAAAAGAGGCGGUCAGAAGAGUCCAGAGGAGAAGGAGCUGCAGAUGAUCGCCAAGAGGGCGCCGGAGGAGAAGGGUUUGGAGGAGGAGGGGAGCGCCAGCAGGAAGUCAGAGGAGCCUGAAAUUGAAAGCCUGGCAGCCAUCGAGUCAGAGCUUGAAAACGUCGCCCAGAAACUCCAUGAGCUGCGUCGAGGCUGAGCGAGAGCGCGCGAGAGACUGGUACAGAGUUGACACCGCAACCUCCUCUGCCUCCUCGUCCUCCUCCGCUUCACCAGCUGCCUGGUUUCCCACAGAUAGAGCGUGUGAAUAUGUGACAAGUUUUUAUCUUUCGCUGUCUUUCUCGAGGAUGUCCGCACCGCUGCAGCCUCCCCCGUGACAUUCUGUCCCUCGCGUAGAGUAGCAAACACGGUAGAUGCACACUGCGACUAGACAUGCAUACUAAAGCAUACGAAUGCACGUGUUCUGUGCGUUGAAACGUGCAUACAUUAUUUAGAAUACUCAGCAAGGCUCCCAAAGGAAAAAAAAAAAACAGCAGUCUUUCUGUCAGUGAAGGUCGACAGCUCGUUUUCCUUCAUUUUCUCUGACAAUCAUCUUUGUCCUCCUGCAAAUCGUGCGUCGCCUGCUUUUCCGAUUCUUUUAACUCUGCACACUGAUUUAUGUGAAAGGUUAAGGCAGAUCCAGGUAAACACACGCACCGCCACGGGGGGUUGUACAGUAAUGGCAUUAGAUUCCAGCUCUUUCUGAGAUGCUUACUGACUUAUAAGGAAGAAGAAUACAUGCUUGUUUAUUAUUAUUAUUAUUAUUAUUAUUAUUAUACAGUUGAAUCUAAUCAAGCCAAGGCAAUAAGUGAACAUUUUUAGCAGAUAAAUGGCUGGAAUCUGAAACUUUAUGAGAUUUGUGUAAGAAAAAAAUAAAUUGUAUCUGGAAAUCUGUUUGGUAAAUUCUUUGUCUGAAUUAAAAUCAAAUACACGAAUAAUGGAAUUAA